CUGGGCCAUGCCAGACUCCGCCUCCUUACCUGUUAGUGCAUUAAAAGUGACGUGUCCUAGCUCAGGUGAGCAGUCUGCAGCAGAUUGGGAUGGGCAGUCGGCCUGCUUCCUGGGUGAUGGUCACCUUCUCCGUCUGAGGCCGGGUCUGCGCCUUUAGGAUCCGUGCCAGGUGGGAACGGUUAAGGAUGCUGUUGGCCUCUGCUUCAGGAUUCCCCGAUUUCCAUGGGUUCUGGCAUGUCUAGAACAAGAUCCAGUGAAGUGGACAGCUGAUGAAGAUGUAACUAGAUAAACCCUCAAGUUGAUGUCUUUUGGAUCAAUGUUGGGCGUUUCUUCUGCUAGGAGAUGAAAGUCUAGUUCCUAGUUCUUUGGUUGCAACGCACCAUGAAGGUCAAGAGCAAAGGAACCAAGCGUCGGAACGCCGUCAGUGAAGAUGCUCUAAGCCAAGAAUCUACCCAGAGCAGAGAGGAUCUUCUGAGAUGUUCACGGCGCAAGGAAAAGAGGAACAAAGAAAGCCCAAAGGUGACUGCCAAGCUCCCCUGGAGUAGCAAAGAUCGGCGCUUGCGGAGGCUGGAGAGCAACGAGCGCGAGCGCCAACGCAUGCACAAACUCAACAAUGCCUUCCAAGCGUUGAGAGAGGUCAUCCCCCACGUCAGAGCUGAGAACAAGCUCUCCAAAAUUGAGACCCUCACCUUGGCCAAGAACUACAUUAGGUCCCUCACUUCCACCAUUCUCAGGAUGUCCAAUGGACACCACCCGGUGGUUGAAGGCACGGGCUCUGAAGGCAAGUCCAAACUCUACGAACACUAUCAACAGCAGUGUGAAGAAGGAGAUGAACCCAAGGAGCAGCUUCAGAAGUACUCCACCCAGAUUCAUAGCUUCAGACAAGGCAGCUAAAGCUGGCUGGACCUCUGCAGUUGUCUUCCAGGGCCCAGGAAGGCAUCCAACCGUCCAGUCACAGUGGAUGUGUGUGACUUUUCUCCACAUAGUUUUGCAAAAUGGAAGCUCAGUUUUGAACCUCUGAUUUAUGAGAGGACCUGGGCACGAACCCAUCUUACAUUCCUAAGUAUAGGGUUGCAGGAUCCA